AUGUAGAACAUCAUUAGAACCUUCUAAAGAAAAGGACUUCAACAAGCAAAGAACAACCUUUUAACUGCCACUAAAAGCAUGACUGCAGUUCAACAAUAUAACUUUGCAACUGGAAAGGACAUUAAGUUCGGAACUGAAGCAAGAGCUUUGAUGCUUGAGGGAUGUGAAAUGCUCGCUGAUGCUGUCCAAGUAACCCUUGGACCCAGAGGAAGAAACGUAGUUCUUGACAGAAGCUUCGGCACCCCCAAGAUCACCAAGGAUGGAGUUACCGUUGCUAAGGAUAUUGAAUUUUCCAACAGAUAUCACAAUAUUGGAGCUAGUCUAGUCAAGCAAGUAGCUAGCAAAACCAAUGAUGAGGCUGGUGAUGGAACCACUACUGCCACUAUCUUAGCUAGAGCUAUCUUCAAGGAGGGUUGUAAAUCAGUUGCUGCUGGUAUGAACCCCAUGGAUCUUAGAAAAGGUAUCUUGAUGGCUGUUGAUGAAGUCGUCGCUGGACUUAAGGAGCUCUCAGUCCCUAUUAAAGACAAAUUAGAUUAUGAAAAUGUUGCCACUAUCUCAGCAAAUGGAGACAAGAGAAUCGGAGGUCUCAUCUCAGGAAUCUUCCACAAGCUUGGACCAAAUGGAACUAUUACUGUUGCUGACGGAAAGACUCUUGAAACUGAAGUUGAAUAUGUUGAGGGAUUAAAGUGGGAUAGAGGUUAUAUUUCACCAUACUUCAUUACUGACCCAAAGACUUCAAAGGUUGAAUUCGAGAAUGCCUUGGUUCUCCUCGCUGACAAGAAAGUUAGCUCAGUUCAAUCAAUCCUCCAUUAUCUUGAAUACGCUAUGCAAAAUGGCAGACCACUCGUCAUCGUCGCUGAAGACGUUGAAAGCGAGGCACUCGCAACUUUGGUCGUUAAUAAACUAAGAGGUGGUCUUAAGGUCGCAGCCGUUAAAUCACCAGGCUUUGGAGAUAACAGAAGAAACACCAUGCAAGAUAUUGCUAUUGCCACAGGUGGUCAAUUCAUUAGCGAAGAGAUUGGACUUCAACUCGAAGUUGCUGAGGUUUCAGUCCUUGGUAACGCUAAAAAGAUCAUCAUUACUAAGGAUGAUAUCAUCAUUAUGGGAGGUGCAGGAACUAAAGAGGAUGUUAAUGAAAGAGUUGACACACUUAAGGAUCAAAUUGAUGGAACCACAUCAGAAUAUGAUAAGGAGAAGCUCCAAGAGAGACUUGGAAGACUUACCGGUGGUGUUGCCGUUAUCAAGGUAGGAGGAUCAUCAGAGGUCGAGGUUCAAGAAUUAAAGGACAGAAUUCAAGAUGCUCUCUGCGCCACUAGAGCUGCUGCUGAUGAGGGUAUUGUCCCAGGUGGUGGAAGUGCUCUUUUAUACGCAAGUAAGAGACUAGAUAACUUGAAGGGAGAAACUUUUGACCAAGAUGUUGGUAUCAAGAUCGUAAAGCACGCUUGCAAGAUCCCAUGCAAGACCAUCUGCCAAAAUGCUGGAUUUGAAGGAUCAAUCGUUGUUGAUAAACUAUUGGAAGAAAAUAACUUAACCAAGGGAUUCGACGCCUCAAAGGGUGUUUUCUGCGAUAUGGUUAAACAAGGAAUUAUCGAUCCAACCAAGGUCGUUAGAACUGCUCUAGUAGACUCAUCAGGAGUAGCCUCACUAAUGUUAACCACUGAUGCCAUGGUAGUUGAACUCCCAAAGACUGACUCACCAGGCCCAGGAGGCAUGGGUGGCAUGGGAGGUAUGGGCGGAAUGGGUGGCAUGAUGUGA